AUGAGGCCGACCUGGGCUAGAUACUGUGACACCCACCACUUCAUGCUGAAAAAUGGGUGUCCUCGAGCCGAGCUCCCGCAAGGCCAGGCCGCCAGCAGGCAGCCAAGGCCGGGCCGGCGUGCGCACGUGUGCGGCUGUGCACCCUGCUGUGCGCGCGCGGGGCCGCUGGCGAGCGUGCGUUUCCGUUACCGGAGCCCCGGGAGCCGGAGGCCGCGGCUGCAGCGGCGGAGGCGCGCCCGGCCCCCCUCCCCGCCAGUCCCCUCCCCCGGUGCUCCCGCUCGCCCUCCCCCCUCCGCCCUCCCCCCGCCGCGUCGGCCGCUCCGAGGGCGCAGGGCAGCGCUCCGCACGCGAGCCCCUGCCGCGGCCGCCCCGGCGCGCACUGAGCGCAGAGCCCGGGGCGCGCGUGGCGCCCCCUCCCAGCUGCAGAGCACGAUGAGCCGCGGCCCGGGGGUCGUGGAGAGCAGUGAUGAUCAUCACAAUGCGCCUUCAGAAGAAAAAGCUGCUUUGUUACAUUCAGGCAUUUACCGACUGUUGGCGUGCAAGCUGGCCACCUUACAGGAACAGCAAGGGGAGACCGAAGAGGGGGGCAAACCGCUCCAGAUUGGAGAGGACAGCAGUUCAGAGGACAGCAGUUCUGAGAACAGCUCCCAAAGUGAAUCUGAUAACGAGGAACCAGAACCAGAAAAAACAAAUGGGGAGCCAGGAGAGUCUUCCAUCGAGGAAGCUUCUGCUCAAAAGGAAGAAUGGGAGGAUAAAGAAUCGCCCAAAGAUCAUUUACAUUCAGAACUUCAUAAAAUCCAACCUUACUGUGAACACUGUAAUGCUGAAAAUAAACACAAUGAACAAGUGACCCCCAGGCUCCUUUCCCGGGAACAGUUUUUACUGAAGUUGGACACAGAAGGAAUUUACCAGUGCACGGAAACUGGUCUGAUAUUCGAGGUGAACAGAAAAGUCGACAUCAAAUAUUGCGUUUUGUCCUGGAGCAAAUACGCAGACCUGGUUGUUAAACCCUGGGUUGUUGGAGGACCUUUGUUUGAUGUUAAAUGUGACCCAACCUGUCUCACCUCCAUUCAGUUUCCACAUUCCCUCUGCUUGGGUCACCACGAUGCCAAUAUGACGUUCAAAGUCUUACACGUUAAAAGUUCCGGGGCCUCGUUAGAAUCUACUGUGGAUCAUUCUACAACCCAUGUCAAAUGGCAUGUGAGCUCUCUUUCUCCUGUGGGACCUGUUAUUCAAAGUGAAGAAACAGUAUACCACCACGGGGCUGUGAUUCUCUACAAAGCCAUUGACCAUAAUCCAUCCUUGUCCUUUCGAGUGUACAUAGCAACCAAUAAUGAGUCCUUCAUCAAGGAUAUUUCCAAGUCGGUAAAGCACUCCUCUAAGAAAUUCAUGAAAAUUGACAAGCCUCCUGUUUGCCAGAAGUUAUUGCAGAAUGGGAAGAAAUACAGACUGAUCAGUGAACCAGAAGCUGAAAUUACCCCAGAGGAAAUUGAAUUUGUUGAUGGUUCACUUUUAAAAUUGAAAAGUUACAUUGAAGUGUAUUUGGAGCAACCAGUGGAGUUUAAAUUACUUUUGGUCGAAACGGAUUCUGAGGAAAUUGUAUGGAAUGCAAAACUGAGAGAAUGUGACUGGGUUCAGCAUGAUCAGAAUCAGAACAUUUCAAAAAGCAGCACAAGUGGUAACAGGCGGCGAAAAAUGACCAGCAGCUUACCUGAUGAGGACGUUUAUGACAAGAGAAUGAAGCAGGUUGACACUUCAGACGGAGCAAAGACCAGGACCCUGUUAACAGACACACAGUUGAUUACCCUUGCUGCGAAGCUGGGGAAGGAGUGGAUAAAAAUUGCGAUUGCCAACCUGGAGUUGGAGAUUAGCGAUAUUGAUGCUAUCCGGGAGAAAAAAGAAGAUGUUACGAUCUGUAACUUUAGGAUGCUGAAGAAGUGGCAAGAAAAGGAACAGAGUAAUGCCACGGCCGAGAAUUUAUACAAGUGCUUGAAAAACAUUUCUGUUGAAGUCCAAGAUGUGCUCAAAGGUUUCUUACAGGAAAGGUGAAGUUUGGAAGAUGAACUGAAAAAGGAAGCCUCAGGAGCUUUCAUCCGCAAGAGACCACUUCAUCUGGUAAUUGGGUAUGGACUUGAUGAGACCUUGAACUUACAGUCUGGAGGCAACUCCUUUCACACAGGCAGCCACUCUGUAGCUCACAUUAUUCAGGGGCACAGAAAAUGUAAAAUACUUGGAAAACUUAAGGAAGAAAAAAACCUCUAUAACAUCAAGAUCUUUUUUUUUUUUUUUUUUAACACCUCCUGCUCACACCAUCCUGCCCUGCUUCCCCAUUCAACAUCUAUCCAAAGGUGCUUCCAAUGGCUCCACUCAGUCAGGUGAGAAAUGUGGUAACAUUCCUUUUGGAGUCUGUGAACUAUGAAAUCCCUAUCAAGUUUUCAAAACCUUUUUAGCAAUUAAGUGGUAGUAUGCUUAAACUUGCACUAAUUUAGUUGGGCUUUUUUUCACAGUGACGUUAAUCAUGAGGAAAGAUUCCUGUUCUUUUAGCCUCUUCUCAGACAGACGCACAGGUCUCUGGGUACAAUAUAUCUUCUUAGGUGGGAUGGUUUCCAUAGUUCACAUCACCUUCCUGUCUGGCCAGUGGUUUGUCAAACUGGAGAACCAGUCAUGUUACCUGGUCCUAGAGUGACGAGAAAGGAAUGUAAUCCUGUCCCCAUCACAUGUUGGGGUGCACACUCAGAAGCGAUCUUAUCUCACAUGGCGAAGUUCAACCGGAUGGAUGGUUGGGGAGUCCUUGCAGAUUUCAUCAACCUUCCAAAAUCACAAAGCCAAGCACUACAUUUCUUGAAUUUCACCCUGGGAUCAUUUACUUUCUGGGGGGAAAAGAAUGCCACUCAGAAAUAGCCAUAGCAGGACCAAGGGAAGAUUGUCCUGUCUUCUUGAAGAAGACCUGCCCCAGGGAAUAAUGAGCCACAUUGGCUUUUGUUAAUUGGUGAAAUGUUUUUUUUUUUUUUUUUUUGGUAUGUAUAGAUCUUGUCGCUCUCCCAGAAUCAUGUGUGUGAUGAUUAACAUUUUGGAUAUGUUUUGUUAACUUAUUCAAAGAAACUAUAAAUUACCAUUAGUCUUCUGUAAUAAUUAGCUGGAGAAUAAGAUAAAUCUCAAUGAAUUAAUCAAAGAAGUACACUUUAACUAUUGUUUUGCCUGUGAAGAACAAAUUUACUUUAUAAGGAAGAACAUAUUUUUAAUUGUCAGGGAUCCUGUGGAAUUCAAAUCAGUGUCACUUUAUGAGUUUGUUUUUUUUUUUAAUUGUACUAUAUUUUAGGAAACACAAGGAGUUUUAACAUUCAGGAAUGUAAAAUACUUUAUUAAAGGACUUGAAUUUUUAAAUGUUUAUUAUUUUUUAUAAGUUGUUUUCUGAAGAAAAGCAUAAUCUCAGAGGUGCUUUGGAUGUAAGCUGGUUUCCUAACAUUUUCAACCUUUCUCAUACUAUAGAUGAAGGGAAGCAAAAUAAAUCUGCAUUUGUAUAGUA